AUGGCCAGACAUUUAGUUGCAUCUCGUGUCUACGACAUAGAUGGGGAUGGCUACAUAUCGAACCGGGAAUUAUUCCAGGUGUUGAAAAUGAUGUUCGGGAAUAAUCUGAAAGAUUUACAACUACAGCAAAUUGUCGAUAAGACGAUAUUCUUUCAUGACAAUCAAGGUGACGCAAGAAUAUUAUUCCAGGAAUUUCCAAAACGGAGGUCAAACGACCACAUGUCGUUGUUGGAAACGUUUCUGAAACGUCCUUCCAUGGAAAUGACAUCUUCUUUGUGCUUUAUUUGUUGCUACCACUCUGUGCCAUAG